UAUUAUUUUGCCAAAAAAUUAAUCGAUGAGAAGGUUGUUUUGAGGCCAAAGGAGAUGAUUGCUGAGAUGCGUAGUAAGUAUGGCGUUCAAAUGCUAUAUUGCUUCGCAGUCAGAACUAGGCAGCAGGCGAUAGAGAGAACGUAUGGUGACUUCAAUAUGUCAUAUGUGAGGCUUCCAUCGUAUCUUUAUCUAUUGAAACAACGUAAUCCAGGGACUGUUUAUGAUUUGCAGACGACUCGUGAGGGAGUGUUCUGCCACAUGUUUGUUGCCCUCGGGCAAAGUAUUCGGGCUUUUGAGCAGUAUCUUCGACCGGUGAUUGUAAUAGACGGAACCCACUUGAAGGGAAAGAACAGAGGAGUGUUAUUUGUUGCUGUGACAAAGGAUGGGAACGAUCAAGUGUUUCCUCUAGCAAUUGGCCUCGGACCAAUAGAGAACGAUGAGUCGUGGACUUAUUUUCUCUACAAUCUACGGCGGUGUUACAAUCCUCCAGAAGAUUUAUUAAUUGUGAGUGACCAACAUAAAAGCAUUCGGAAUGCAGUUCAAGCCGUGUAUCCAAAUGCAUUCCAUGGACUGUGUUAUCACCAUCUGUUGAAGAAUCUAACGCCCUAUGGGAAGACAGUGGUCACGGUCUUCUAUGAAGCAGCAUAUUCUUAUCGUCACGAAGUGUUCGAAAAUUUUUUUUCAUUGCUGCACGACGCUAGUCCGGAUGGAGCUCACCGACGACUUUCUCAAAUUGGACCGGAGAGGUGGGCUAGGUCAAAGUGUCCGGUGCAACGCUAUGGAUUUAUGACGUCUAAUGCAGCGGAAUCGUUUAACUCUCGGUUGUGGUGGGCUAGGCGUUUACCAGUGUGCUCUUUACUUGAAUCGUUUCGCACACUUUUGGAGGAUUGGUUUGACGAGCGACGUACAUCGUCUGAAUCGAGAGAUCAUGUGUUAACGGUGUCUACGUUCAACAAGCUAUCUAAUUCUGUGCAAGCAAGUCUCUCUCUUACUGUUCGAGCCACCACCGGACUUGUGUAUAAAGUUGAAGAGGAUGAUCAACAAUAUCAAGUCGAUCUUCAGAAUUGGACUUGUGAGUGUCGAGAGUUUGAUGAGGAUAAAAUUCCAUGCAAGCAUGCGGUUGCCGCUAUAAGGUGGGCGGGCAAUGGUUUGAAUGUGUACGAUUUCGUACACAAAUAUUUCAAACAAUAUGAGUUGACACAAACUUAUGCCGAACAUGUUAGUCCAAUACCACAUCCGAGUGAAUGGAAUGUGCCAGGAGAUGUCUUAUCAAUCUAUUGUAGUCCACCCGAUCCGGAGACUCUACGUCAGUCUGGGCGUCCAAAGAUGAGUCGUACUCGGUCAACAGUUGAAGGACUACCCUCACGACGGCGUCAAGUGUGCUCUAGGUGUAAUGGAACGGGACACAAUAGAAAAAAAUGCACAAUAUCUAUCCCUGUGGGUGGGGUGGAUUUGAAUGUUCCAUUUCAAGAAGCAGAGUUUGAGGAAACUUCUCAGGAUCCUUCUCAUGCCACAGAUGAACCAUCUCAUGAUACGGAGGAAGCACAACCGACCCAGAGACGUCGGAAGAAAAAAAGAUGUAGCAAUUGUGGAGAAGAGGGUCAUGAUAUUAGAGCAUGUCCAAUGCCCCUCCGUGAAUAAAUGUAAGUUGUUAAA